ACUUGCCUUCGUUUGCCAUUUGUCUUCCUAUAAUAAACUAUCCAAUGGACAACGACAACGUACAACGACGCGAAUUUACCCAAUACGUUGUCGUAUUGCGACAUGGCGAUCGCAUAGACCACUUUGAUCCGCUCUGGACCUCCACUGCAGCUAGACCCUGGGACCCGCCGCUCAUCGAAGCGGGUUUAAUCAGGGCAUUUUCCACCGGCAAGACCUUGAAAUCCCGUCUCGAUUUCCCGAUCCACCGCGUCUUUGUUUCUCCUUUCAUCCGCUGUAUCCAGACAGCUUCCGAAGCUGUCUCCGGUUUCUGCGCCACCGAUGACGGUGUCGCCGCCGCUGAUACCUCCAAAAUCAAGGUAAAUAUAGAGUAUGGAUUGUGUGAAACGUUGACUACACAAGCCAUUCCAUCUGACGUGGCACCUAAAGAUGGGGAUUUCAGAUUUAAUAUCUCUGAGCUUGAAGCCUUGUUGCCACCUGGUACUGUUGAUCACACUGUAGAACCAGUCUAUCCAGAGAUGCCCAAAUGGGAAGAAACAGUGACAGGUUCAAGAACUAGAUAUGCACAAGUCUUUAAGGCGCUUGCUGAUAAAUACCCAUCUGAAAACUUGCUACUUGUCACUCAUGCGGAAGGGGUUGCUGUUUCGGUUUCUGCAUUCAAGAAAGAUGUAACAGUGUAUGAAGUAGACUACUGUGCAUUUUCUGAACUAAAACGGACGGUUUUGGAGGAAGAUCACAAAUAUAUAACUGGAGAGUUUGAGGUUCUCACGAAGAGUGGUGAAACUCGCAUCGGUUAUUCCUCAUCAGCUCCAACAGCCGAUGGCCCCGAAUGAUGUUGCUUCGGCAAUUCUUCACAGUUCAUAUUGACAUCAUUAUGAAGUUCCAAUCUGCAUUUUACCCAUUAUUGGGUGCUAUUGUUGUGUUGCGCAUUUAGCAAUUCUUGCUGUUUGGCUAGUUGUUUAAGGCAGCCAAAUAGUUACAGGUAUUGGUUGAACAUUGAAGCAGUGAAUUUUAUUUGACUUUGGUAUUGGUUGAACAUUGAAGCAGUGAAUUUUAUUUGACUUUGGUAUUGGUUGAACAUUGAAGCAGUGAAUUUUAUUUGAUUUUGGUAUUGGUUGAA